AUGGAAAACAGGCCUCUUACCCCCCCUCAGGAGCCCCUUGGUGCGGAAUCUCAGCCGGAUGAAGACAUCGACUAUCAUGAAAAAUGGCUCCGUUCCCGCGGCAUCGACAUCGACGCGUUCAUGACCAAGCACAACCGACUGACCAUACCGAUCGAAGAAGAUAUUCAAGUCUUGAUUCGCUUCAGGCAGCUUCUGACAGACCUAGGAGAAAGUCUAUCCCCGAACGAAGCAACUCAGAGAUUUGCAAAAGAGCUCCAAGAGGAGGCCGAAGCUGCAAAGAAGAGCGCAUGGACCGCAACUUACAAAUAUUACAUGACAGAGCUACCUAUCAACAUACAUUGCACCUUCCUCUCGUUUCUACGCAGCAGGUCAUCCAACUCUAGCGAUGGAAUGGUCCAUGAAGUCAUUCCCUAUCUCAUCGAUCAAAUGAAUGCCUCCAAAACCCCGCUCGUGGCUCCGAGUGAGAACGGCCAAAUGAGUCAAGAGUGUACAGACAACGCUGAGACACCGACUUCGGCGCAUAAGUCUGUUCGUCCCUCGGGUCCGAAGAGUAGGCGGUCGUCAUACCAGCCCAAGAGACCAGAGAACAAGACCAGGGUUGAAUCAUCGGUUAAAAAGAGUUCGCCAUCACGCAGAAAAAAAUCGGUCAAUCAUGGUUCGGAGCCAGUACGGAGAAGUUCUCGUCUCCAAAAAUUAGGUGAUCUCAUUGAAUAA